GCUGCGGAGGAAGGGGCGGGGCCGGAAGCACCUUCCCGCGGCUGCGCCACGUCCGAGGAGGCUGUCCCGAGCUGGUGGCGGACCCCGGGGUCGGAGCUGAGCGCGAUGGCGGACUGGGCUCGGGCUCAGAGCCCUGGUGCUGUGGAGGAGAUUCUAGACCGGGAGAACAAGCGGAUGGCCGACAACCUGGCCUCCAAGGUCACCAGGCUUAAAUCGCUGGCCCUGGACAUUGAUAGGGAUGCAGAGGACCAGAACCGGUACCUGGACGGCAUGGACUCGGAUUUCACGAGCAUGACGGGUCUACUUACGGGGAGCGUGAAGCGCUUUUCCACAAUGGCGCGGUCUGGGCGAGACAACCGGAAGCUUCUGUGCGGUAUGGCUGUGGGCCUGAUCGUGGCCUUCUUCAUCCUCUCCUACCUCCUGUCGAGGGCAAGGACGUGAGCCAGUGGGAACUGGCUUCUGUGGGUGCCUGGAGCACACAGAAUCUUCCUCUGCCUGGCAUCCUGGGCUCUGGAGGACCUGCCUACAAAAUACUCUUUUGAAAUGAUGAUCAUGGCUUAGGACUCUUUUUCCUGUGUGGCUGGAAGCCUCUGACCCAGUGAGCUCAUGUUAGCUUGUCCUGUGUGUGCAAGGGGCCCAUCCCCUUUGGAAAACCAAAGCCCAGCUCUCUCUACCACCUUGAAUGCUAGAAGCCCCAGUAGGGCCUGGUCUAAGCAGAGCACCUGGGAAUGGACACGGCCACCUGUGACAGCAGGCUUUCCCCUGGCUCUCAGGGUUCUGACAUCUCAAGGCUCCUCUGCCCUGUCCUUGUCUGGAUAAGGCCACAUCUGGUACUUGAGAUGCCUGGAGUUGACACAGGAAGGGGGUGUGGCAGUGAACCUCGAACCAUUGCCGUUACCUUCGACCAAGAGUCCUCGGUCUCAGAGAUGGCAUUUGUUCCUGUCCAGGGCUGCUGGGCACCAGUGGACCAGUGAGAGCCAAGGGUCCUGCCAAGGGGCCUCUGCCUGCCCUCCAGUUCCACGACUGAAGCCAGACCCUCAGGGAAGGCAGGGGGUUGUGGAUGGAGGAGUGAACUGCAGCCUUGGCUGAAGGCACAGAGCCCAGAUCCUUGUGGAUCUGCCAGGCAUAUAUCCAGGAGCAGAAGCUGACAAUUUCUCAGGAUUCAGGAUCUACCUGGCACCAGAGACCAGAUCUCUACAAACAGGCCCAUCGGGCAUUUCAGAGUCAGGCAGGGUGUGAGGAGGGCCUUGUGUGGUUAUAGACAGGAAGCUUCAGGUAAGGGCUCUCUUCACAGAACCUAUAGAUUGCUUCUUGAGGGUCAUGGGUAGUUUCCACCAAGCCUGGCCCUUCCACCUGCAACAUCCUCUUGCUUCUCCCUGCACUCUCAGUCCCCACUUGGCCAGUCCCCUGCUCACACGAACUGAACCACAGGCCCAGACAAACCAGUGUCUUUUUCUUGCCCCACUGUGAGAUCCCAGCAUUCUUAUCGUCACAUAAAAACACCUGUAAGAAGCACAUCAUUAGCCCUGUGUCCUUUCUUCUCUGUAUCCCCAUCUUCUGCCAUCUUGGUUACUCCCCCUUACUCCCCAAGGCCCAUUGGCUCCCUGUCCACCUACUCGCACACUCAUACCACUUGUGGUCACACAUGUCAGCCACAGCCUGGCACCUGUGGGCCCCUGCCACCCGCCUCGCUCUGCCUCUGGCCACCUGAGCUGCUGCCGCUGCCGCUGCUGCUGCUGCUCCUCCUCUCCCUUGCUGUCCACCCAGCAGGCCUGGCUCUCAUGCACUCACCGCAGCGCCCUUCUCUCUUCUACCCCACCUGGAUGGGCCCCUCAGCCUCCUGAGGAGGAGGAUCCCACCUCUGAUUUCUGUUCUGACUGCCCCCACCCCCCCAGCAUGUGCUGCUUUCUCACCCGGUGAGGUUGGUUUCCUUCCCUCCAUGUCUCUGGGCUUGGCUGUUUCCCUGCCCUCCUUGAAACCCUUCACAGGCCCUGUGGCCUUGCCCUAGUCCGCACUGGCCCUGCGCACCACAGCUUUGGCUUAGUGCUCACUCAUCUCAGGUUGAACCUCGUCGAGGGGACUGGCCCACUGCUCACCAAGCUCAUGGCUGUUGCCCGUGUAGCAUCUCCAUCUGGUUGUUGCAGGCACUGCAGACACACCCAAACCUGAGCUCUGUGCCCCCCCCCCCCCGCCUCUGGGCCUGCUAACCUUGCUUCUUGAGAACGUGGCUCAGCCAUGGCAGCCACGCCCCUGAGCACCAGAGGAUGCUCUUACAUGCUGGGCCCACUCGACUUGCCAACACAGACCAGGAGGAGUUUGCAUGUCUAACUCGGUGUCCUCCAGGAGUGCUUUGCCAUCUCAGACCUCUGGCUGCUACAUUUUCUCUGCAGCCCUUCUAUCUAUUUUGGGGUCUGAGUUGUAGUUUCUCCAGUUUACUUUUUUGUUUCUCAUUCUUACUGUUAGGAUGAGUUCCUGAAGGGGCCGUGUGCCACUGUGUCAGUAGAGUUUCCUGCGAGGCUUUCUCCCUCCUCCCACUCAGCCUUAUUCCUGUGGAUAAGUCAGGUUUGUGGGUGUUGAUCCCUAAGACUGUAAAGCAGAGCAGGACUUGGGGCCGCUCUGUGCCAAGUGAACACAAGCUGCCAGGCUCUAUCCGUAAGUCAAGGACAAGGCAUUUAGCAAUAAAAAUAAUUUGGAAUAAACAGCCUCGUGAUGAAGUAAA